AUGAAGACUCCUACUUUUUUGAUAGAAUCUCUUCGAAGUCAGUUCAUGGAUCGAUAUUUACCCGACCCAUCCCACGAAUGGGAGAAAUCAAGGUCAAAUUCAUCAGGCAACUGCAAAGAACUAGAGUGUAUCCAGAAUGAUCAGGGGGAACAAUCUUCUCGCUCUUCGGGUUCUUCAGCUGUGGACAAAACUAAUUCAAGAACCGCAAGUUUGACAAGAAGCACGAGCUUCAGUGCAGUUAUUGAAGAGAUGACUCCUGAAUACAAUGUGGUGGCUGAAAGUAUGGUUACCAAGGAAGUUGAAGGGGAUGCUUCCGGAAGAAGUCUUCAAUCCAAAUCAGAAUCAGAUAUCAAAUCUUCGUGCAGACAAGAUUCUGAUGAGAAAGGCAUGAAGCAGACUGUGGGGAGUGGGGCGGAGACACCUCGAGCCAUUGGAUCAGCAAAGGAAGAUAAUGACUGGGAUUUGUUGUUUGAGGAGCAAAGAAGGAAGAUAAUAAAAUUGUGGGAUGAAUGCAACAUUCCAUUGAUUCACAUGACCUACCUUUUCUUGCUCAUCCAAGGCGGUCCAUCUGAUUCCGUCUACAUCGAGAUCGAGCUCCGCCGACUAUCCUUCCUCCAGAAAGCAGUACAUCACGCCUCAAGGUUUGCUUACACAUAUGAAUCAUAA